AUGUUCUGGCACGGAAAACGCGCAUCACUUCAUCCAGACCGUGGGCCUUGGAAAGACCAUCGCGACUAUGUUCGUUUCCUCGGCCAGCGGGAACUGGAAUGGAUGCGCAGAUUUGGCCGGCCGCAGCGAAAUGACCUUCCUCAUAACAGUAAACUUGAAGGAAAGAUCUUACCGGAGGUGUAUGUGAAUUUACUUGAGAAGUACAUCGCCCUUUCGCCCUACAUCCUGCCCGUCAACCGCACAACACUUUAUGAAUAG